CGGCGGCGGCGGCGGCAGCAGCAGCAGCAGCAGCAGCAGCAGCAGCAGCAGCAGCAGCAGCAGCGUGCACCGGGAGCGGCGCCACAAGCGGCUCCUGUUGCGCCGCCGGGUGCCGUCGCUGCCCGGGUCCUCCCACCGCCAUAUAAAGCCUGGGGCGGGCGGCAGCGCCCUUCGCUCCUGCCCGCCGCGGAGGAGGAGCGGCAGCAGGAUUGCGGCUGCUGCCCAGGCACCGAGUUUUCCCCCUCGGUUUCCAUCUCCCGCCUCCUUUCCCCCCCCGCUCUCGAGGGGUGGUGGCGCGGGGAGCGGCGGCAGGCCGGCGGGUGCGGAGGGGGAAGAUGGCGUGGAGCGGCGCCCGGUCGCCGCGCCUCCUCCUGCCGCUGCUGCUGGCCCUUGCGCUGCUGGUGGCGGCGGAGCGGCGCCCCGGGCCGGGCCCCGGCCCCGCAGAUAAACUACUAGUUUUCACUGUAGCAACUAAAGAACCUGAUGGCUUUCACCGUUUCAUGCAAACUGCAAAGCACUUCAACUACACAGUAAAGGUACUUGGAAAAGGUGAAGAGUGGAAAGGUGGGGAGCUGCCUAAUUCUAUUGGUGGAGGGCAGAAAGUUCGGUUACUGAAAGAAGGCUUAGAAAGCUAUGCUGAUCAAGAGGACUUGGUUGUAAUGUUUGUUGAAUGUUAUGAUGUUAUUUUUGCGGGGAGCCCUGAAGAACUGCUAAAGAAAUUUCAGGAAACUAAUCAUAAAGUGGUGUUUGCAGCAGAUGGGCUAAUUUGGCCGGAUAAAAGGCUAGCUGACAAGUAUCCUGUUGUCCGGAGUGGAAAACGAUUCCUGAACUCAGGAGGAUUUAUUGGUUAUGCUCCAUAUAUAAAUCGUAUCGUGCAGCAAUGGAAUCUGCAGGAUAAUGAUGAUGACCAGCUGUUUUACACUAAAAUCUAUGUUGACCCAUUGGCAAGGGAACGUUUUAACAUUACUUUGGACCACAAAUGUGCAAUUUUCCAGACCCUAAAUGGAGCUAUUGAUGAAGUCCUUUUGAAAUUUGAAGACGGAAAAGUAAGGGCAAGGAAUUCAGUGUACGACACAUUACCAAUCACUAUUCAUGGAAAUGGUCCAACUAAAAUUCACUUGAAUUUUGGAAACUAUAUUCCUAACGCUUGGACGCGGGAAACUGGUUGCAGUAUUUGUGACUUAGACUUACUAGACCUGUCAACAGUAACGGACUAUCCAAGAGUAAAAAUUGGUGUUUUCAUUGAACAACCCACUCCUUUUCUACCUAAAUUUUUAGACAGACUGUUGACUUUGGAUUACCCAAAGGAGGUGCUCAGUAUCUUCGUUCAUAAUAAUGAGGUUUACCAUGAAAAGCACAUCAAGAAAUUCUGAAAAGCCAAGAACAUCAUCAAAAAUAUAAAAAUUGUUGGACCUGAAGAAAAUCUGAGUCAAGCAGAAGCGCGGAACAUGGGAAUGGACCUUUGUCGCCAGGAUAAAGCAUGUGAAUAUUACUUCAGCAUAGAUGCAGAUGUUGUGCUGACAAACCCAAAAACUUUAAGAAUACUGAUAGAACAGAACAGAAAGAUAAUUGCUCCACUUGUAACUCGUCAUGGGAAGCUUUGGUCCAAUUUCUGGGGUGCUUUGAGCCCAGAUGGCUAUUAUGCUCGAUCAGAAGAUUAUGUUGAUAUUGUCCAAGGAAACAGAGUAGGAGUGUGGAAUAUUCCUUAUAUGGCUAAUAUAUACUUAAUUAAGGGACAAACUCUCAGAUUGGAGAUGAAAGAAAAGAACUACUUUAUGCGUGAUAAAUUGGAUCCUGAUAUGGCUCUCUGCAGGAAUGCCAGGGAAAUGGGUGUUUUCAUGUACAUUACCAACAGACAUGAAUUUGGAAGACUGAUUUCUACAGCCAAUUACAAUACUUCCCACUACAACAACGACCUUUGGCAGAUAUUUGAAAAUCCUGUGGACUGGAAGGAAACCUAUAUAAAUCCUAACUACUCAAAGAUAUUCACUGAUAAUAUAGUAGAACAGCCAUGUCCAGAUGUGUUUUGGUUUCCCAUAUUUUCUGACACUGCCUGUGAUGAAUUGGUAGAAGAAAUGGAACAUUUUGGACAGUGGUCUGGUGGAAAACACCAAGACAGCCGUAUUUCUGGAGGUUAUGAAAAUGUCCCAACUGAUGAUAUUCAUAUGAAGCAAAUUGGACUGGAUAAUGAAUGGCUGCAUUUCAUAAGAGAGUUCAUUGCACCCGUAACCCUAAAAGUGUUUGCUGGCUAUUAUACCAAGGGGUUUGCUUUACUGAAUUUUGUUGUAAAAUAUAGCCCUGACAGACAGCGGUCACUCAGACCUCAUCAUGACUCAUCUACAUUCACAAUCAACAUCGCUCUCAACAAAAUAGGAGAGGACUUCCAAGGAGGUGGAUGUAAAUUUCUUAGGUACAACUGCUCCAUUGAGUCUCCCAGGAAAGGAUGGAGUUUCAUGCAUCCAGGAAGACUUACUCAUUUACAUGAAGGACUUCCUAUCUUGAAUGGCACAAGAUACAUUGCAGUAUCAUUUAUUGAUCCUUAAUUUUAUUUUUUUUUUCUCUUUUCAAUGGCAGUGUUUGAUUCUUUACAUAAACAUUUAUUUAUAAAUUUCUUCUGGAAGAUGGUGAUAAAAGAAACUGUUUCUGUUCCUAGACAACAAAGUUACUUUGGGCUAAAAGAAUGAAAAAAAGAAAAUGUUGCAAAAUUUUUUUGAAGAUUUCUCAAUAUCUACUCUGAGCCUUGAGUCACAAAGUAAACUUGUCCUGCUUGGUUUUCCAUUCUGCUGUCUUAAAGAGUAGGUAAGGAGGGAAAACGGAAAAAACAUUUUAUGAUGAAUCCAUUUCUUUGUUGAAAAAACCCAAUCAACUGUAGAUACAAAAUUAUCUGAAAAAAAAAUUAUUGUGGUUUUCAUUCAGUAAAUACAGCUAAAGUUUUUGUGGUGUAUAUGUUUGGUACCAACCAAUUAAAAACCACGGCAUAAAAUCAAAAUCAAGUGAAUCUUGUAUGCAGUUGUUGGGGAUAAGCAGUAAUGUCAUAUGUUGGUAUAUAUUGAAGGGAAAAUGUCAGUAGCCCAUUUUCUUAAUUAUCAAUACUAAAAUUAAUACCUUUAUAUGAAAAAAUAAAUUGUGUAGAUGGAGCAAGAAUUAAAUAAUCUAGCUAAGAAAAAAUGGUUUAUCUUUUGGUUUGAGAACUCAUCAUGUUGAAAAUUUACUUAUCUUCACCAAGUGACCUUCAUUUAAAAUGAGUUAUUUUUCUAAAGGUGUAGUUGCACCCAAGUGAUACUGAAAUUUGAUGUUUAUUUUGAGAACGUUGCUUAAAUUUUAAUAAUAGGAUGUUUUAUAAAGAUAAUUUUCUAUUCUUACUUAAAAUUACUUGAAUUUUCUAUCAGGAAAAUGAAAUGGUUGCAGUCUCUCUCUUUUAAAGCUAAGGGUCUUGCAGUCUAUUUUAAAGAAAUUGGUUUAAAAAUAUUCCUACUGUAUCUACUGUUUGUAAUUUAAAGAAACUUGAAGCUAACUAUCUCAAAGUCUACUGUGCCAAAAGGCACAGUGUGUUGAAAAAACUUGUGAAAAAUAAAGGGUAAUUUUAAAUUAAUAUAACAACUUUUGCUUUAUUAGGUAUUUAUUAUUUUGCUGUAUUAGGUAGUUUCUUUGCAUGUUGCCAUUCUUACAGAAAUAAUAUUUACUGAUGAAUAUUUUUUUAAGGCAGUGUUGAUGCAUUUUAAAUUGGAGGUUUCUCUAAGUGUCAGGUUUUGGUUUAUUUGCUGUGUUACUUGAAUUUUUUCUGACGUGAGUUUGUGCCUGCAUACCAAACCUUGCAUUACACUUUCAAAACGACUCCAGCAGGAUGGAUGCUGCUUGUUUUCUGUACCAACCUUGCUUUUUUACAUAGAGGCUUUUUGCUGAUCAGAACAGUAGUUUACUUCUUACCUGCUGAUAGUUGAAGAAGCUUCGUAUCACAUUCCCUAAAAAGAAGCUUUAUUUGGAGCUAAAAGGAUUGGGAGCAGAGUUCAAAGAUUAUUCUUUUACCACAGAUAAGUGUCUGCAUAUAUCCCUGUUCUGCUGUUUUGAGGAAUGGGUUGUAAUCAUACUUGAAAUUAUGCUGAAGUAAAUGCAUCAAAAUGUGGUAACUUCAAUAAUGUACUAAAAUGGGCUGGCUUGAAAAGGAAUGGCUUUUCACAGGAAGUUGCUUUUUAAUUUCUUUUUACACUGUCAGCUUUCCUCUGUUUGAGGCUAAUAUUUGGAGGUUGAUAUCCCUUGUCUUUGCACACAUAGAACAUCUCUGUCUUAGUGAAUGUCUCUAUACUGCCUGUGCUUAGGCAAAAUUUACAGAUAAGAAAAUCUUCAAGCCUUCAGAAUGAAAGUGAUCUUUGUUAAUCUCCUUUUUCUGAGCAUUUGCCUGUGAUUUCUUAGGCUAACUCAGAACAGAAUAAUAUUUCAGUUACAGUUUACUCUUAUGAGGAGCUUUCUUGGAAAAAAACCCACAAAAAUACAAUCCUGUAGCACAUGGGAAGUUCUUUUGCAGAUUGUUUCCCCCGCUCCCCCUGUUCCUCAUACCUUCCUGAUGAAGAUAUCUGCAUCAGGAAGAAAGCAGCAGCCUUAAUUCUAGCAGCAUAUAGAGAAAUCUCGGGAGUACAAGGCUAUAAAGGUGCUUUACAACAGAUGAGAUAUUUUUUAGAGUAUUUGAUUUUUUUCUACUUUCAUCUAGCUUUAUUAUUCACUGUUAAGUACUUGAAGAGACUGUGGUGUGGGUAAGAAGUGGGAGAGCAGUAUAUGCGCAAAAUAUUUCUAAAUAGUUUUUACCAAAAGGAGGCUGAGUAUAGCUCGGUUUUAUUUCUUAUCCAUGAACCAUUCCAGCUCUACUACUAAACAAUGUUCAGGGCAUUUGGUAGUAUUUUACACGUUUAAUCUUUAACAUCAGUGUGCAACAAAUAAUUCCAAUAUGUAUUUGUCACUUCAUUUCGAAUAAAACUAUGCCAAGCCUGAAAAGAAGAUUUAUUUUCAGUGAGGCAAUAAUAAUGAAA